AUGUUCGGAAAACGCUCCUUUGCCAGCUCAAAGGACCGCUCGGGCAAGAUAACCAAACAGCCGAAGAGAUCGUUUCGCGAGACGUCAUCGUCCAAGCACAAGCAGUCGAUACUCGAGAAGAUGGAGUCUGUGCGCAUGGACAGUCCGAUGAUGGGCAGCGAGGGCGACUACUCGCCCAGCCUCACGUCCGCCAUCGUGACCAUAGUCGUUGGCCCCGACCAGCGCCUGUUCGCCGCACACGAAGACGUCCUCUGCCACUCCCCGUUCUUCGCCGAAGCACUACGGGGCCAGUUCUUCGAGUCCACCAAUCGCCGCAUCGACCUGCCGACGGAGGAGCCCGAGAUCUUCUCCUGCAUCCUCGAGUACCUGUACAAGGGCGACUACUACCCGCGCCUUGUGCACGACAAGCGCCGGCAAACCUGGAUGCUCGAGGGCGCAGUGUCGAGCCCGGACCCGUCCAAAAAUGGCGACCGCGUAGCCGCCGUCGAGCCAACCUUCUUCCACUCCGGCGUCGGCGACAUUCUUCUCCGCGACACGGCCGUGUACUGCGCCGCCGACCGGUACGGCCUCGAAGAGCUCAAAAGGCUCUCCCUGCGCAAGCAGGGCCUGCAGAGCGGGAUCGAGGUCGGCACCAUCCUGCGCAGCGCCCGCUAUGCCUACGAGAACACGCCGGACAGUGAUAGCAGGCUGCGCGCUCAUUACCUCGCGCUGAUUAUCCGCAGCCGCAAAACGUUCAAGCGUAGUGGAACCAUGCAGAUGGAAAUGGAGAUUGGGGGGAAAUUGUUCUUUGACCUGUUCGUGGCCAUGUGUAAUCAUGUCGAUGAUAUCGUGGAUGCGAGCAACGCCCGCACCCCGAAAUCCAUCUAA